UGUCCUCGAGGGUCUCGAGGGUCUCGGUGCAGCCUCCUGCCGGAGCCGCGCCGGAAGCUGGGUGGGCCGGGGAGUCGCGAAGCUGAGUUCCGCCAUGGCGCUCCAGGUGCCCAUCAGCUUCAAGGACUUGGCCGUGCGGUUCUCUGAAGAGGAGUGGCGGCUCCUGCAGGAGGGGCAGCGGGAGUUCUACAGAGACGUGAUGCGGGAGAACUACGAGACGUUGGUGUCCGUGGGGACCUCUGAGCUGCUUCCUCUCUCUGCUUUCCUGUCACCCACAGAGCCUGGAGGAGCCACCACGGGAGAGGGCCACCAUGAUAAGGGACAAGAACCCCCACUGGAGCGUGGUUCCCAGGGAGGGCAGCCCCAGCAGAGCCUACACCUCACCGCCUUAGUGCAGCUGGUGAAGGAGAUUCCGGAGUUCUUGUUUGGAGAAGUGAAGGGCACGGAGGACUACUCCGAGAGUGGGAGCACCAGUCUGGAUGGGGAGCGAGCGAGCCCUGAGGUAGCUGGGGCUGUGGAAACUUACCCUCGAGGCCUGCUUAGUUCUCUUCCGGAGAGCCCUGCAAGCCACCCCAGCCUGGCCAGCACACCCACGGGCAGCUCCUCUUCCAGUGGCCCUCCUGGAGACUGGGCACAAGAAAGCCUCCUGCCUGCCAUAGGAGCUACUGAUAAACCACUCUCCAUAGAGAAGGAAGGCUUGGGAGCCUCAGGAGAGACUUCCAUUCAUCCCACUCAAAGCCUGGACCAGAGCAAGAGCCACCUAAGACAAGAUAGAGGCGGCAUAGGAACAGGAACCUCUCCCGAGAACAGUCCCUUGCAAGGCCUCAUCAACUGUCUGAAGGAAAUCCUUGUGCCCGGGCCCCAGCACCGUGGAACAGCCGCAGACUUGCCAGCUUCUCUGCCUGGCCUGAGUGUGCUGAAGCAGAGCAGAGCUGAGGUGGAGCCAGGGAGCCUGCCCUGCCCGGUGAAGACAGAGCCAAUAUCCGGGGAUUGUCCCCUUCAGGGCCUGCUGAACUGUCUGAAGGAGAUCCCAGAAGCCCCAGACGGGCGUCCCAGCCCCUCAGGAGCAGGGGACCUGCAGCUGCAGGAGGAGCCAGGGAAAAGGAAUUCUGGAGGGAUGAGAUGCCCCCAGACUCCUCCUCUCCGCCGUAGUCAUGGAGCUGGAAGUAUGCUUGCCGUGGUGAAGGUAGAAGAUGGCUGGGUCCAGAGUCCCCCAGUGCCAGCAUCUUGCCAGCUUAGCAGGCAAGGCCACGGUCCCUAUUUCACUGGAGAUAGCAGAGAGGUCCGUGUGCCCCGCUGGGGCCCCAUGACUCUCGCCGGCAGGGCCUCAAGCUCACCGCUAGAAGCUCUGGAGGCCUGUCUGAAGGGCAUUCCUCCAGGCGGGUCAUCACCUCUUCAGCCGCUAGCCACCUCAUGGUCCAGAAGUCCCCAGCCAGGAGAUGCUGGCUCUCAGAGACUUGAGCUACAGCCGCAAGGAUCACACAGUGCAGAUGCUUCGAGAGAGCCACUUCUGCCUCUGAGCUUGCGGGGCUGCAUGAGAGAGGGACCUGGGAUUCAAUCCUCUGGCUCCCAGGGUACCCCUACCAGCUUCUCCUCAGCCAGCAGCAGUGAUGGGGAUCUGGAUUUCAGGAGCCCCAGGAGCAGUCAGGGGCAACGGCUUGGGAAAGGAUAUCCACCAGGAAGCUCUCCACUCCAAGGCCUGGAGAACUGUCUAAGAGAGAUCCCUAUUCCCAGGCCACAGGCUGCCUGGCCUUGCUCCUUGACUGCAGACAGGGGGUCGAAGAGAACAGAGCCCAGGAACUGGACUGCAGACACUGACGGACCGAGGGGCGAGGCCUGUGAGCCACCCCACCUUGGACAGGGUCGGGGAGAAGUGCCCAGCAGGAGUCUCCGUCUAGGCAGUCCACAGACCUGCCCCUCCACCUGCCACCAAGUGACUGCCAGGCCAGGACCGUGGCAGUGGCCGAAAGAUGAGACAGCCACCAUGCCCUCCCCUCUGCACUGCCUGGAGAGCUCUCUGAGGGGGAUCUUGCCCGUGCGACCCCUGCGUUUCACCUGUGUGACUGGUCCUGACCCCAGUCCCAGCCCCUGCUCCAGCUCCAGCUUCAGCAGCUCUGAUGGAGAAGACCUGAGGCCAGAGCCUGCAUUCUGGCAGCCACCCCUCCCGAAGAAAGACCACCUUCCCUCCAGCAAGGGUCCUGUCCCUCUGUGCCCUGUCCCUGCAACGUUCCCAGGAGUCAACAACAAUAGCUGUCUUGCUGAAGACCCGGACAGACCAGAGUCCAGGGACUGCAGCAGCCUCGAUACAGGAAGAGCAGAAGGGACAGGAGUCAAGACCCAGUCACCCAGAAGAGAAGGAGCUGCAGAGCACACAUGCCAGCCUGGCCCUGUCAGCAGUGCUGAAGUAAAAGGAGGAGGAGGAGAGGCAGCUGGGUGCCCAUGGCCUGCCUCUCAGCUGGAAGAAAGGCCUGAGCCCAAGGGUGCUGAAGACACCAGUAACCUGGAGCCUGGACAUGGGCAACCCAGUGCCACAGCCAGGACUCAAGGGAAGCUGCUCUCUGGGGACCCUCCGGAGCCACCUAGCAAGUCUCCCCUUCCCACAGCUGUCUUGUCAAAGUGGCCACCCGCUUCUUUCCAGACACCAUGCCCCUGUGGCAGAUUCCUGCAGCAGGAGUUGCACAGCCUUGGUACUGCCCUCACGGACAAGCUGGAUCAGCUUGCGUCAGCCUUGGCAGGCCUGACUCAGGAAGUGGCCACCAUGAGGACCCAGAUGGACCGGCUGGGAAGGCGCCCACAGAGCCUUGGACCAAAAGGCCAGGCUUCCUGGCGGUUGACCCUCCCCCGGAGACCUCACUGGGCCAACAGACUGGACCGCAGACACCUACCCUACUGGAGGCAGAAGGGCCCCAGCAGGCCCAGACCAAAGAUGCUGCGGGCCCAGGCAGAAGGCUGCAAGGCUGCGGACCGCCCAGGACUCUCUAGAGGAAAGGGCAGUUUGGUGCCUCAGCUGCCUCCAGAUGGUUCCUUGGUAGAAUCUUCCAGGCCCAGCGGUAGCUCAUCCCAGCAGAUCUCCUCAGCACCUGGAGGCCACACUGUGCUGACUGCACACCCCCUUCGGGAACACACCGGAUGCCACCAGAAUUCCCCCUCCCCUUCAGUGCCUACUGCCUCGGUCCCCCUUGUGGCCUCACCAGCAACCAGUGCAGACACGGAACCUCAGGCUGCUGGAGUGGCAGCAACCAGCAUUCCAAACCAGCACAAGGAACCUAACAGCCGGCUAGGGGGAGCCCUCAGCAAAGACCUCUGGGGAGGUGACCACAGGGAUCCGAGGUGGGGGGCCCAUUAACUGUCCUGUCCCUUUGCUCAGGCUUGCUGAGGAAGCUGGGUGGCCAGGAUGCCUGGUAGGACCCUCUGAGGUAAAACCAUCGCAGGCUGCCUGCUUCCCAGGGGUUGUGUCUUCCUUACCUGCUCAGCCAGCCCUCUGAUCACUGCUGCAAGUCUGGCCCUUUGCCUCUGCUGUGCCAGGCCCCCGUGGUGUUUGCACAGAGCCACUCUAGAGGCAUCCCUCAGCCAUACCUCCGGCUUGCUUGGCUCAGGUUCAGUCAGCCAGCUGCUCUUCCUCCUUAGCAGAGCCAUCUAGGUUCCAGGUGGGUGUCAUGCAUACUGCAUAUGCACAGAGCCAGCUGCAGAGGGCACCAUGAAGGCACCUUAAUCUCCUGCUCCUGAUCUCAAGGACACUAAAAGGCCAGUCUUUGUCUGUCUAGAGAGAAUAUUCACAGAUCUCAUUUAGGGAGAGCCUGGCCUGUGGUCUAAGCUGAACUGACCCACAUGAAUUCUAAAACUAAAUAUAUUAGCUGCUAAGAAAAGGCCAUUUGGCUGCAAUGGAAGAGUGCUCAGAGGGGAUGGCACUCGGGCAUGGUUACCUGGAUUGUCACCAGUGCAGUGAGAACGAGGCAGCUUGCGUUUCCCUCUUCCACACACACACACACCUCAAGAGAACUGAGCAUGCGCAGUGAGGCUGGGCACAGUACUGCACAUGGGCCAGUCUCCUAGGCUGUGUACAAGAGUGUCACAGACUUAGUCUGGGCAGCUUAAAUCAGGGGUCCCAAAUCAAGGUCUUGUCAGGGUUGGUUCUACAGAGGGUGUCUGGCUCUGUUGGAGGCUGUCUUCAUGCUCAUGGUAUCUUCUAUGAGUCUCUUCUCCAAAUGCCCCUCCUGCCAGGACACAGGAUGUUUUGGUUGGCACUCAUUCUCUUUUGAACUCAUCUUCGCUAAAGACUCUAAGGAACGUCACAUUCUGAAGUGCCAGGGGCCACAGCAUGGUCAGCCUUUCGACAUUAUGACAAAGUGUUGUCAUCUAGAAAGUUCACGUUCAAGAACCAGACAGUUGAGAUUAAAAAAAACAAACUGUUUUAAAUCCGUUUACAAGUUUGUGUUGGGUUGCAUGUAUAGCAUUUCUCAGCUAUGUGCAGGUUAGAUGUGCCUGUGAGGAUUAAACCUUCAGCAUAUAAUGGGGAGGAGGGCACCAUCUAGCUCAUAAUACACGAAGGCCUGGGCCACUCUUGGGUUUAGCCUGGCUACAUGUCACUCCAUCAGCUUCUGCCCUGGUGAGAUGCUUGGUAAUGUACCACAGCUAGCCAUCCACAUUUACUCACCUCGUCCUUCAGAGUUGAUCUGAAUUCCUUUUGAACCUGAGGACUUUUCAGCCUAUACCCACGGGAGCUGGGAAGGCCAGGGCCUGAGCUGUCUGCUGAAGCUCAGGGUGACAUGACCUUGUCCGUGACAACCCUAAGCAGUUACUUGUGGCUGCUUUGCCCUGUGACACUCUAAAGUCAUGGUCUCUGGAGAUAUCCGGGACUUGAGUGCCCCUCAGGCCUGGGACUUGGUGAGUGUGACUUGGGCAGACACAGUCACAAAAGAUCAUUAAAGUGUUUUAGUCAUGUUUCUCAACCUGUGGUUCGCGGCCCCAGGGGGUCACAUUAGAUAGUCACAAUUCAUAGCAGUAGUCAAAUAACAUGAGUAACAAUAAAAUAAUUUUAUGGUUGGGGCGGGGGUCACCACAACAUGAGGAGCUGUAUUAAAGGAUCACAGCAUCAGGAAGGUUCUCAAACCACUGACCUAGAGACUAAAGCACACCCCCAAGAAGUCCACCUAGAAUGUAAUACAAGGUACGCACAGGGCAUUGACUGGAACAAGUCCAGCCCACUGCAGGUUGGAGUAGAAAACCAAAGGCUGCGGCCUCCACUUGUAAGGAGUGGGCAGCUGCAUCUCCAGGCUAGUGGGGCAGUGCUGGUGUUCCCAGUGCCAAGGGGCAGGGGUAAGGCAGGUUGAGAGAGUGAAGAAGGAACAUUCAAAUUCAGUAUCCCAGUUGGAAGACUAGGCGUUCUUAAACUGAUAAGACAAAUUGGGGCCUGAUGUGGGUGGCCGUGGCUAGGACAGGAACUUGGUCUGCCCUGCUUGAGUGACUCUUUCUAAGCCAGAGACCAUGUUGUCCGUCAGUGAAAAGGGCUACCAUGAUGCUCUGCGUGGCACAUCUCCCUUGAAGGCAGCCAGCACAAGUGAACAAACAGCAAUACGGGGCUGAGUUGCCAGGGCCUGUCAUCUGCUGGGUGUUAAGUACCUUCCUCUGCUGUGCCUGCUUAGGACAGAUAAAGGCAGUAAGUGGUUCGGAUCCAGUCGGACCGUGUAACGGGUUUAAAGAAAACUUUAGCUGGAACAUGAGCAUGGAACCAGCUGAAGCUGUGUGGUGUUGCUCUGUUCACACUGCAGGAAGUCUCCAGGACCUGCUGCCGCCACCACUGAUAACCAGAAAGCCCUCUGGACUCACUGAGAACAGUUCCAGCACAGGCUUGUUCUGGGACAACCUGGUUAAACUUGUUGCAGAUCUACUGGCUUGGAGGUGGGGGCCAGAGACGGUGUGUCCCCUACUGUUCUGGGAAGUGACCCUAGGCCACACCUGGGUGGGGGGACCUUCUAUCACCCAUGGGGCAGAAAAGUGGGAGGGUCCAGCUCACUGAGCAGGCUGAUGGGAGGCUGGCGGAGGUAACCAUAGGGACCAUCGGAGACUUCCCACAGCACCCUGCGGGUCACCGUUCCACCAGAGUGCCGCCCACUGGUAAUGUGACUUAACUCCAGACUGGCUGAUCUCGGUUUUACAUGUGGCUCCUUCUAAUGACCCGUGGUUGAAAGGCUUUUCCCUCAUAAUCCGCCUUGACGGUUUCUGUUCUUGGAGGCCUUAGCCCAUUAGAUGGCAUUGGUUACUGAUAUGUUUACACUUGAACUCACCUUUGUGUGUGGGGCUUUGUCCCACUUUCAGAGUUUGGGGCUGGUUGGCUGGGUUGGUUUUGUUUUCCUUCUUUCCUGUCUUGUUUUAGAUUGGCUGUGGUGUAUUUUUGUUUUUGUUUUUGGAUUUUUUUCAUACUCCACUUCUCCCAAUUUUAUCCUUCCAAAGGACUAGAAGGAAAGACAUUUGAAUUCACAAUCCUCUUUGGAAGAUUUUGGUAUUCUUUUCCCAAAUUGAUAAGACAAAUUAGGAAAGAAGCCAAAAUCUUGAACAAGCUGAUUAACAAAAUUGACCCAAUUCAUGAAUGUAAGCACACUGCACCACAGGACCGCUGUUUCCAUGAAUAUGCAGAACCGGGCAGAAAUUGAGCUAAUUGUCUUAGCCCCAGAGCAAAUUUAAACAAAUUUAAAAGUAUUGGAAUUACAUGGAAUGUGUUCUCUGACCACAGUUUACCUUCGUGGCUAAAGUCAAAUAGCAAAUCCCAGAUGUUUUUAUAUAUUCAAAAAAUAAUGAUUGUACUAUGAAAACUAAUACUAAUGACUAUCCUGUGGUAAAAUACUGAUAAAAAAAAAAAGCACAAA